GAGCUUGUCAACUUGUGCAACACGAGUACACACACACACACACACACACACACACACACACACACACACACACACACACACACACACACACACACACACACACACACACACACACACACACACACACACACACACACACACACACACACACACACACACACACACACACACACGGAGUCCCUGCGGAGGCUGAGCGUCGGGCUGCGCGGCGCUGCGUCUGGAUUGGCGAGCACGUUUGUUAUUACUAGUGACGUGUUUCUCCACCGCUCUCGCUCCUCCUCCUCAUACUCCUCCUCCAACCACCCCCCCCACUUUCUCCGGGUCUGUUCCCGAGCCACGCUCUCGUCUUCUUCGAAGUCGCAGUGUUUCAGUCGGUUGUCAUGGCGGAGGGACGUGGCGAUCUACCGCCGCUACAGCUCGCUUCGCCGCCGGCCAGCAAGCGUCCGUGUCUGCGUCCUGCUCCGCGAGGUCCAGGUCCGGGGCCCGGGACAGGGCUUUCUAGCGGGCGCCCUCGCUGCCCCGAGUCUCUGCUGGACUGCGCCGCCAAGGCCGUAGCAGAGAAGUGGGCCUUCGAGCGGGUGGAGGAGCGCUUCGAGAGGAUCCCUGAACCCGUUCAGCGCCGCAUCGUUUUCUGGUCCUUUCCGAGGAACGAGCGGGAGAUAUGCAUGUACUCGUCGUUUCAGUGCCGCGCCGCCGCUGAGGAGUCUCCGUCCACUGCAGGAAGCUCCGCCGCGUCCGCCGUAUCCGCUGGAGGUCCCGGAGCAGCGUCCACCCCGUCGGGCAGCUCGAGCUCCACGGGCGCUGGCGCGAGCGCAGGAGCUGACGGACUCCCUUUCCGGCGCGGGAUCCGCCUUUUGGAAAUGGGCUGUGUGGAAAACGUCCUCCAAGUCGGUUUCCACCUUAGUGGAACAGUAACAGAACCGGCAACGCACUCAGAGCCAGAGGUGACACACCGCGUGGCUAUCAGCUUCGACCGUUGCAAGAUCACGUCUGUGACAUGCGGCUGUGGCAACCGCGACAUUUUCUACUGCGCCCACGUGGUGGCCCUGUCGCUGUAUCGCAUCCGGCGGGCCGAGCAGGUGAAGCUGCGGCUGCCCAUCUCCGAGACGCUCUUCCAGAUGAACCGGGACCAGCUGCAGAAACUGGUGCAGUAUCUGAUCACGGCGCAUCACACCGAAGUGCUGCCCACGGCGCAGAAACUCGCUGACGAGAUCCUGUCCUCCAACUCCGAGAUCAACCAAGUGCACGGGGCCCCAGACCCUACGGCAGGAGCCAGUAUUGAUGAUGAUAACUGCUGGCACCUGGAUGAGGAGCAGGUACGCGAGCAGGUCAAACAGUUCCUCUCACAGGGAGGCUACUACGGCUCUGGAAAGCAGCUCAACUCCAUGUUCGCCAAGGUGCGGGAGAUGCUGCGUAUGCGGGACUCGAACGGAGCUCGCAUGCUCACCCUCAUUACAGAGCAGUUUAUGGCUGACCCACGCCUGUCGCUAUGGCGACAGCAGGGCACAGGGAUGACUGACAAGUGUCGGCAGCUAUGGGACGAACUAGGUGCAUUGUGGGUGUGCAUUGUGCUGAACCCUCACUGUAAGAGCGAGGAGAAGAGCACAUGGCUCAAACAGCUGAAGAAGUGGAGCGACAUGGAUAUCUGCCCGCUAGAGGACGGCAACUACGGCAGCGAGCUCCCCAACAUCACCAAUGCCCUGCCCCAAAGCAACCUGGCACACGACUCCUUGGCCAGGCCGAGGCGGACGGUGUUCACUCGUGCCAUGGAGGCGUGCGACCUGCACUGGCAGGACAGCCACCUGCAGCGAAUCAUCAGCAGCGAUUUUUACGUGUCACCUGCUUACCAGAGAGAAGGAGAGAACCUGCUAUUUAACCCGCAAGGCCUGCCACUGUGGCUGGAUCACGUGCCUACUGCCUGUGCCAGGGUGGACGCCCUGCGUUCCCACGGUUACCCGAGAGAAGCCCUGCGACUGGCCGUGGCCAUCAUCAACACUCUCCGGCUGCAGCAGCAGAGGCAGCUGGACAUUUACAAACAUCAGAAGAAAGAGUUGCUGCAGAGAGGAAUGACCAGCACUACCAAUUUGGAGGGUUGGGUGGGCCACCCACUCGACCCCAUCGGCUGCCUUUUUGCCACUCUAACAGAGACGUGUCGAAUGGAAGAUGACAACGCCAUGGAUACUGGAGAUUCCGGUGAUCCCAAGCCCCCGGUGUAUCAGCACGUGCCCGUUUGGGGUUGCCCAGAUGCCAGUGAGUCGUACCUGGCCUUGGCACUGGAGGUAGCACUGAUGGGAAUGGGGCAGCAGAGAUUGAUGCCCGAGGGCUUGUACGCGCAGGACAAGGUGUGUCGCAACGAAGAGCAGAUCGUCGCCAAGCUGCAGGAGCUGGAGCUGGACGAGCUGCUGGUGCAUACACUGCGUAAGCAGGCCAUGCUUCUGCUGGAAGGCGGGCCCUUCAGUGGCCUGGGAGAAGUGAUCCACAGAGAAAGCGUACCCAUGCACACGUUUGCUAAGUACCUGUUCACAGCACUCCUUCCUCAUGACACAGACCUGGCCUACAAAAUCGGCUUGAGGGCCAUGAGGUUGCCAGUGCUGGAGUCCACAGCUCCGUCAAGCGACGUGGGUCACCCACACCAUGGCAUCUCCAUUGUGCCGAGCAGAUACCCGCGCUGGUUCACCCUCGGGCACCUGGAGUCCCAGCAGUGUGAAUUGGCAUCAACCAUGCUCACUGCAGCCAAGGGAGACAUGCUGAGACUGCGUACGGUCCUUGAGGCCAUCCAGAAAAACAUCCACUCCUCCUCACUCAUCUUCAAACUGGCUCAAGAUGCAUUCAAGAUCGCCACGCCUGCAGACAGCCCACCUGACAUCACGCUGCUCAACGUGGCCCUGGAGCUCGGCCUUCAGGUGAUGAGGAUGACACUGUCCACGCUGAACUGGAGACGCAGAGAGAUGGUACGCUGGCUCGUCACCUGCGCUACUGAAGUCGGUCUGCGGGCUCUGGUCAGUAUACUACAGAGCUGGUAUACACUGUUCACACCCACUGAGGCUACGAGUAUUGUUGCUGCCGCGGUCAUGUCACACGGGACAGCGCUGCGUCUCAGUCUGGACUACGGGCAGCGCGAGGAGCUGGCUAGCUGUGCCAGAACGCUUGCACUGCAGUGUGCCAUGAAGGACCCGGCUAAUUGCGCUUUGUCUGCGCUCACACUCUGCGAGAAAGAGCAUGUGGCUUUCGAGACAGCCUACCAGAUUGCAGUGGAUGCGGCGGCGACGGCUAUGACGCACGCACAGCUUUUCACCAUCGCACGAUACAUGGAGCACCGUGGCUACCCGUUGCGUGCCUUCAAACUGGCGUCAUUGGCCAUGGCUCACGUGAGUCUGGCGUACAACCAGGACACGCAUCCGGCCAUCAACGAUGUCCUGUGGGCGUGCGCUCUCAGCCAUUCCCUGGGAAAGAAUGAGCUGGGUGCCAUGGUACCGUUGGUGGUAAAGGGUGUGCGCUGUGCCACCGUGCUCUCGGACAUCCUGCGCCGCUGCACAGUGACGGCGCCUGGGCUGGCCGGUAUCCCCGGUCGCCGCAGCUCAGGCAAGCUCAUGAGCACGGACAAGGCGCCUCUGCGCCAACUGCUGGACGCCGCCAUUGGCGCUUACAUCAGCACCACACACUCGCGCCUCACGCACAUCAGCCCACGCCACUAUGGUGAGUUCAUCGAAUUCCUCGGCAAAGCGCGUGAUACCUUCCUUAUGGCGCACGACGGCCAUGUGCAGUUCUCCCAGUUUAUCGACAACCUCAAACAGAUCUACAAGGGCAAGAAGAAGCUCAUGAUGCUUGUGCGUGAGCGAUUCGGUUGAGGAGACUAUAAAAGACUCCCCACUCAUUCCUUGUUUUAUUUAAGGCAUUAUUUUCUUCCUGUAUAUUCUGAGUAUCUUGUAUUUUUAUUUUGUAUUUUUAGUUUGAUACAGUUUGCGUUUCGUGAACGACCAAUGUUCACGGAUUUGUUAGAACCUGUGGAGGCCAGAACAAGCUUUUGAUUUCAGCUUAUGCUUGCUUUAGUUUAAUACAGUUAAUACAGUUUAGUUGUAUUAAACUACAGAUGCAGAAGUGGCACAUAAAGAGAAACCAAAUGAUAGGCAGAGUAUUUUGAGCCUUUUCCAUCGCGGCGAUUGGUGGUUCUUAUUAUUCUUUUAUGUUUUUCGGCAAAGUGAACGCUCGCACGCUCAAAACAGUCAUUCCGAAAAGAACAGAAAAAACACUCGCACACAGUGUUAAUCAUACCUCGAUCGUAUUUUAAGGAACAGCUUUAACAGGGUGAGGCUGAGGCCUUGUUCUCGGGGUAGAGCGAACAACGCUAGCUGAAAUAUCGGGGUGUUCCUCAUCUUAACGCAAUUCUCCAUAACCCAGGAAUCAGACCACGAAGCCAUGAACACCACCCUCACCCUCCCCUCUGUCCACUCCUCUUGGUUUGUCUUUUCCCUUUUUUUUCUCAUUUUGGGAAGAAAGAGAUUUAAGGGAACGUUAGUGAGAGCCACGCCUCCACACCUGAGAAGAGCACAGGGUUUCCUUCUCCGCCUGAAUCUGAACAAAAGGAAUAAAAAAAUCUUUUUAAAGAUGGCUUUACUUUUUUGAGGGGGGAGGAGUCACGCAGACUGAGACUCGUGUAACGUCAAAGCUUAGCAUUAUCAUGCAUGCAAUGCAGUGCAAUGCUUUGGCAAAAUUUCGCUGCCUACUCGGGCGACCCUCUAAUUAAGUUUGGGCAGAAAAUAUUCAGAAACAAAAAAAAGUAGUAACUGUAGUUGUGUUGUGAUACAAGCACUUGAUUGACUCCACCCCAUCACCAUGUCUGCAUUAACAAUUAUAUUUACAUAGCAUUAAGCAAAAUAUGGAGAGAUUAAAAUGCAAGAGGAGAAAAAAUCGAAGAAAUCAUCUUCCAGAUGCCCCCCUCGGCCACCACCCUACAAGCACCCACUCGACUCGACUCGACUCCCCACCACUCCACUCCACUCCACUCGGUUCUGCUCCCAACACUUAGAAUGCACUCGGCGGCUACGAACGGAAGGAAACCUGGAGAGAAAGGACAAAAUGCUCAACUCAGUUCUCAGGGAAUCACUUAAAGAAACAAAACAAAAAUAGUAGCAUAAGCAUUUAAGAUAUUGUAAAUAUGAAAGUGUCAAUUCAAAAAAAUUGUAAAGUUAUAAUUAUUUAUGAUAACUGUAUGGUUUCUUUUUUCCGUUGUUUUCUUUUCGGAUACUUGAAUUUGUCGCGGGCUGGGAAUGUGACGGCAGAAAGACUUUAAAAAAACAUUUCUCAGGUGCUCCUGUGAACAGUUCCUUUUUUUUUUUCUCCUUUUAUUUCUUUUUUUUUUUCUGGUCUUUUGUACACUUUUUCUUUUUUUUUCGCAAGAGAAGCAUGGCGUGUAUAAAAUAAACUGAAGGGAAGAAAGAAAAAGGAAGAACAGCCGUUGAACUGACUAUGCAGAACCACUUCCUGAUUUUAUUAUUUUAUGUUCUUUAACCCUCUUUGGGAACAGACAGUUUUAGGACUUUUGCCUUUCGAGCGACUUGCAUAUGUCUUUUUUUUUUUUUUCCUUUUGCUUUGAAGCCUUAUCAUCUUCUCAGAGUGAUGUAGGAAGACGGAUUACAGAAGGAUGCUGUACAAACUAGGCAUGUGCCGAUCUUACAUGCUCGUAUCCUGAUGUUUGUUUUAAAGCGAAUUGUAUUAAACCAGUAGAAUUCUGAAUUAGUCCUCGGUCAGAGCAGCAGUUUUGUCCACUGUUUUUUUUUUGUUUGUUUGUUUGUUUUUUGUUUGUUUUUUUAUACAGGAAAUUCUAUUAAAAUUCAGUUCCAUAAUAUUCACUGUCUCACGAAUCACAUCGACAUUCUUGGCUGGCCAAAUCUGUAAAAGCGAAUGUAGCGUUUUUAUUUUUAUUUAUUUAAUUUUUUUUGUUUUCUUUUUAUUUUUCUGAUUUGAUUCAUUAUUUUUUUUUCAAUGGAUUAUCGGCACAUGCCUGGUCCAAACCCACUGGCUGUAUUAUUAUGGUGGGAACUAAAGAAAAAGCGCUGUUUUCAUAUGAUGUUGCCUUGAGACUACGCGAAAGACGCCGCUCUGUCCACAUAUAAGAGGAGACUUUAUUUUCAGUCACUUUUCCAGAUCCUUUCUGUAACUUCCUUAAAAACGGUUAUCCACGUAAGACGUUAAAAAAAAUUAGUCUGGUGUGAUCUGGACCGGAUCGAGCCGUGACCGGUUCAGUGGAAAAUCGACCAGAUGUUUUGCAGGUUUUGGGAUUAAAUUUGCCUUUUUUUUCCCCCUCUCUUGACGAAUGCAGGACGAUCGUAGCUACCUGCUUAUACAAACUUCAUUCUUCUCGUAGCUCGCCUUGCCGAUCCGGCGGCAUUGCAAACGACAGAAUUUCUGUGGCUCUGAGUUAUUUUUUUUUUUCCUCUCUUUCUUAACUUUUCCUCACUCUUUCUCUCUUUCCCAUAACUCUUUUAAGUGUCCAUGUGUUGACUGUACCAGUGUUCGGAUCUGUCAAUAGAGUUUAGAAGGAAAAAAUAAUAAUAAUCGCUGGUAGAGAUUGUUCACUAGUUCAUCUACUGUUUGACUUCUGUUUUGUUCUUUCAUUUUUUAAUUUAAGGGAAAAGUGUUCGUCACCUCUCCGUGCUACUGAAAUUAUGAAAAAGGUAUCCAGUAUUUGUUGCCACAAAAGUAUAGUUCGACGACUUUUUUUUUUUUUUUUUUUUUUUUUCCUCCGUUUGUGCAACCUCUUGAGCUAAUGUCUAUAAACAAAAAUUUAUUACUAUUUAUGUAAUGCUACUACCAUUUUAUAUGAUUUGUGUUGAAUUUCAGUGCUUUUUCUAUGAAUAAAGUGUGAAACACG